CUGUUAGGUGGGGCCACCCAGGCCUCAAGUGAGGAGUCGGCUCUAUUUCAGAGGUGUUGGAGCAGCUGCGGGACUCCUUGUUUAAUUAUGGAUGGAGGGGAUGAUGGUAACCUUAUUAUCAAAAAGAGGUUUAUAUCUGAGGCAGAACUAGAUGAACGGCGCAAAAGAAGGCAAGAAGAAUGGGAGAAAGUUCGAAAACCCGAAGAUCCAGAAGAAUGUCCAGAGGAAGUUUAUGACCCUCGGUCUCUAUAUGAAAGGCUACAGGAACAAAAAGACAGGAAACAGCAGGAGUAUGAGGAGCAGUUCAAAUUCAAAAACAUGGUAAGAGGCUUAGAUGAAGAUGAGACCAACUUCCUUGAUGAGGUUUCUCGGCAGCAGGAACUAAUAGAAAAGCAACGAAGAGAAGAAGAACUGAAAGAACUGAAGGAAUACAGAAGUAGUCUCAACAAGGUUGGAAUUUCUUCAGAAAACAAGAAGGAAGUGGAGAAGAAAGUGGCUGUGAAACCCAUAGAAACCAAGAACAAGUUCUCCCAGGCAAAGCUGUUGGCAGGAGCUGUGAAGCAUAAGAGUGCUUCUGGUCUUAAAGUCUAUUUUCCUAAUAUUAAUAUACAUAGCUCAGCCUUCUUUAGGUUUAGCUCAGAGAGUGGCAACAGUGUGAAAAGACUGAAACCAGACCCUGACCCAGAUGACAAGAAUCAAG